AUGACGAAAAAAUCAAAUGGUCUCUAUCGUUUGAAAGUGACAACGGCCUGUCAAAAUUGUCAGAGAAGGAAGAUAAAGUGCUCGGGUGAGAUCCCUUGUACCUACUGUCGAAAACUGGAUAGGCAGUGUGAACCCGGGAAACCUGGAAAGAAGCGUGGUCCACCUCCUGGUCAGGAAAUAAUAAGGAGCAGGACUAGUCGGAUUGAGAGCGUCAUGAACGGCGCCGUUCGAGAUCCAAACCUCAGGGAACAACUAAGACAGAUAAAUGUAGAUGGAAUCAAUCCAGAGUUUCGACACAAGUUUGAUCGUUUGCUCAACAAUAGUAAUCAGAAGGGUGAUAGAGAACAUCAACUCGUUGACUAUCUGACUGAGGCAUCAGGAAGCGAUGUGGUUCAGUCACACACAACUAACAAAUUAACAAUACCACCUAUUCAAAGUCUAUUGAGUGGUCCGUCGACUGAUUCAGAGCUACCGAGCAUUGGUCUUCACCGGGAUGAUCAAACGAGACUUCCGUCCCUAGGCGAUUUGGAGCUGGUGGAGAAUAACUCUCCGCUUCUGUACAGACCAAAGCCCGUUUACCCUAUUCACAUGAAAGCACGACAGAUGGCACACUAUGAAUCUGUCGGAAAAUUACCAAAACCCUCAACUCCCAAUCUUCCUUAUCCUUAUGGUGACAGGAAUAAUACCAUCGGAUCUGGCUCAAUGUAUUCUUCAUCUUCUUCAUCCACAUUUCUUGCUUCUCCCUCAUACUAUUCCUCUUCACCAUUGACUCACUCGCAACCAUCACCUUAUUCGCCCUCACCGUCAUCUUCAAGAUUACCGUCGUUGGUACCUUACCAUGCAUCCUCUCCAGGGAUAACAUCGCCAUCCCCAUCUGGUUAUUCUUCGUCAUCGACAAAUGAACCAUCCCUCUUGUCUAUUGGUAGUCCGUGGUUGACUAACAAGUCACGUUCCCCCAGUGACUCUCCGUCAUCUUCGUUUUCAAAUCCAUUUCCUACGAAUUCAAACACCACAGCACAGCAACCACCGUCGGUUUUAGCAAGUUCAAACACAGAUACACAAUCGGCAUCAAACACAUUUACAACACCCCAACCACAAUCAACUUCAACAGAUUCAAACUCCACUCUAAUUUCUACCAAUAAGAACAGUGAAUUGAAUGCAAGCCCAUCACGAUCAAACAAUGAAUCAUCACGUCAACGAUCUACUCCCCCUUCUGUGCAAGCUCCCAUCGCAUCAAGGUUCGUUCUUUCACAGCCAGAGCAACAGAAUUAUGGUCCGCACACAAGGCCUUCACUGCGACCAUUCAUCGAUCCUUUACAUCUGCGAAAACCACCAGCUCAAGAUAGUUCAUUUCCAAUCGAGUGGUUGCCACCGAGCACUUCUUCUACUUAUUCUAAUAAGGAAAGAGGUGGUGAAAAACACACUUUAGACGGAAUUGGGGUUUAUUAUCAAGCUGAUUAUAACAUUCAAAGUAAUCAUGAUAACCUGAAUCAAAUGACCUUCCCUGUAGGUUGCGAUCAAGAAAAAUUGGCCAGAGGGCUUGGUGGUCGACUUGUCGAAAUCCCAUCACCUGAUGAACACGGUACCAAAAGGGCAAAGAUUUCUAACCACUAUGUUACUCCGAUUUUUAGUGGUAGGCAGAUUUCCAGUAAAAAGAGUAAACCGUAUGUGUAUAAGAUGGCAUCAAAAAAAUCCCAACCAAAAAAGAAAGGAUCUAGCGAAGUGAUCUAUAAAGCGCUGAAUUCUAUUGAUCGUAGAGCGUUGAAUCGUGGCAUAAAUGAAAGUCGAGGUGUCGAAAGGAACUCCUAUGAGAACCAUGACCUCAAUCCGGUACAAGACGACGAUGUGAAUCAACAACCGAUUGCCACAGUUGAUCGUGAUUUCGCCUCAGGGAACGAAUGUGACUUGAAUCAACCACCAAUCUCCACUAUUGUCGGCAGCUUCACUGCAAGACAUGAACGAAAUCCAAGUGAAACGUCCAUUGUGGGGGGGAGUGGCAAUCUUUUUGGUUCCAUAGGGAAUGACAUGAUUGUAGGCAAGGAUCACAAUGCUCUUGCUCGAACAAUGAUUGAUCUCACUGAUAAGGAUGAAGGAGAAAAAAAUGAAAGACAAUUUUCAACAGUUAACAAUAGUGCUUCCGAUGCUAAUAAUGAUAGUGAUUCAAAUGUCAGGUCUAAUGUUGGCAGUUUAAGUAUUGCGGUGGAGAAAAAUUAUUGUUCGACCCUCGGCAAAUUGAUGAACCAGAAGUCAUCUUUUGCUCCUGGCUCUUGCUCGCCUGCAGACGAAGUUGAAGGUCAAAACCAAAGGGAGCAUUUUCAUGACCACGUGAGUGACAUACCGAGGGUGGAUAUAACAUCCACGGAUGAUUUUUAUGAUCACGUGUCUGAGUCGACGAUAAUGUCACCGACCUCUGGAAGGAACGAAUCAAAUUCGAAUAGUUCAGAUGAAAGGGAGCAAGCACUAUCAAAGUCUUUAGAAAAAUUGCUUCGUGUUCUGUCUGAUUCUCCAGAAACUUCCAAGCAAAUUAUGGAUUCACAUUCUACCGUUUCACCAAAAUUGUCAUCAUUGGAAAAAAUCAACGACUCGAACUUUGAUUACAACUCCACGCCGAAUAAUCCCUCGGGAUCACCGCCUACAGUUUCAGAAGAGACACCGGCAACGAUAGACGAUGAUGAUUCGGCCAGAGAGGUUGACGAAGUGACUACAGUUGACAUAGCAAAUGAAAAGGCGACUACCCGAAAAAGGCGUGUUUAUCCUGAAACUUUGGUCGAGAAAUCAAGAAAUGUGGGUAGAAGGCGAAAGGUCACAACAAGAUUGGAAUCAACGUCUAAUCAUAAAAAGCAUGCGGUAGAUGUUGAUAUUGCCAGGAUGUUAGAAUUGAGUAGAUGCGAAGUUGAAAAUGAGAACAUAGGAGAAUUAAUCGAAAAUGGCAACGACAGUGACGAAACCGAUGACGACCGGGCGAGACGCACUCGUCCAAUCAACAAUCGCCGUAAGGCUGUUAUUCCCAAACGUAUUACUCGACGAACGAAACCACCGGCUCCAAAAGAUCCCAACAAGAAAUGGAUCAGACGAAAAAAUGUAGAAGGGGGUGCCGAUGUCUCUUUACGAUAA